AUGGCAGACAAAGGCGACCUCACUCACCAGGCGAUAAGCUCGUACUUCAUCGGGCCCGAAGCCGAGAAUCUCGAUGAAUUCAAGGCCAACAUCGCAACGAUCCUUGACGAGCUUGAGAAAACUCGAAAGGCCUACUUCCCACAGCCGCCGGACAGAAAAUUCAUCCCACCCGGAGUGAAAAGCUCUAAAGAAUUUCAGCGCCUCACCACGAAAUUCCGAACCGUCAUUGGGCGGGCCGCGAAACUCUUGGGCGAGAAAUCCGUCCCUUUCUGGUCGCCCCGGUACCAGGCGCACAUGUGCACGGAUCUGAGCAUGGUAUCACUGCUCGGAUACUUCAUGACGAUGCUCUACAAUCCCAACAAUGUGGCCAUUGAAGCGAGUCCGCUGUCGACCGCUGCGGAAAUUCUCGUUGGAGAGCAGCUGUGCGAGUUGCUGGGGUAUAAUAACCAGAAGGGCGUGCAGGAUUCCCCGACAGGGUGGGGGCACGUUACUAGUGGGGGGACGGUGGCUAAUCUGGAGUCGAUUUGGGUUGCCCGCAACCUGAAGUUCUACCCGCUAUCGCUGUAUACAGCGAUCACAGAAGGUCAACUGCAGUUCGCUAGGAACGACUUUCUAGUCAAGACGUGCGACGGGGCAGAGAAAAACUUUGCGGACCUCUCGACGUGGGAGCUGUUGAACCUCCGGUCCGAAACGGUCCUUGACCUGCCUAAAUUGUUAUAUGCUCAAUAUGGCGUCUCGCCAACGUAUAUUGAGCAAGCGCUGGAUAGGUAUAACAUCCAGACGACCGGCAAAGAGAAGCUCGAGAGCGCCUUUCAGAUCGCGAAGCCUUGUCGGUAUCUACUCACCAACACACGACACUACUCGUGGCCUAAAGGGGGUGCCAUCGCCGGCAUUGGCUCCGAAAACAUGAUUGGAGUCCGAGUCGACGCAGAAGCAAGAAUCGACCUCGUCGACCUCGUCUGCAAGCUCGAGCAAUGUCUCCGCGAGGAACAAGCCGUGUACGCCGUCGUCGCCGUAAUCGGCUCGACUGAAGAAGGAGCAGUCGACCGGCUAAGCGAGAUCCUGCGAAUUCGAAAGCGCUUCCAGAAGCGAGGCUUAUCCUUCCUCGUGCACGCAGAUGCCGCAUGGGGCGGAUACUUUGCGUCCAUGCUUCCGCGGAAACUAAGGAAGCAGGAAGACCAGCUUGCGGGGAUAUUGACGAAUGAUCGAGGUUUUGUUCCGGAUUUAGGGCUGAAGGUCGAGACGCAGGAGGAUUUGUUGGCUUUGAAGUUUGCAGAUUCCAUUACGAUUGAUCCGCAUAAGUCGGGGUAUAUUCCUUACCCUGCGGGAGCUCUUGUCUAUCGCGAUGAGCGGAUGCGGUCGCUUGUGACGUGGACGAGUCCUGUUAUUAACCGAGGAUUGUUGACCAAUAUCGGGGUCUAUGGAGUAGAAGGAAGCAAACCCGGUGCAGCGGCGAUGGCGACAUGGCUGGCUAACGAGUGUAUCGGUCUAGACGAGGAUGGGUAUGGGGCGCUUCUUAGUGAAGCCACCUUUACGUGUACUCGACUGGCCGCACACUGGGCGGCAAUGACAACGAGCGAGGACUCCUUCAUCUGCGUCGCCCUAAACCGCCUCCCCUCAGAGGUAAACGGAGGCGACGUCGAGGGCGAAAAACGAUUCAUCCGUGAGCAGAUUCUACCCAAAACCAACCAAGAGAUUGUCGCGAAUGACGCAUCAAUGCACACAAUGACCCUCCUGCGUGCUCUGGGGUCUGAUCUGAAUAUCAACGCCUUUGCCCUGAACUGGCGGUACGAAGACGGGCGCCUGAACGAUGAUAUUGAAGAGGCCAACUACCUGAUGACACGCGUAAUCAAGGAACUCUCCAUCAGCACGCCCAACGAUGAGCCGACGAAGAAGGACUUCUUCCUUACAUCCACGGAGUUCAAACAUGAAGAGUACGGAACCUGUGCAGAGUUUUUAAUGGAUCGUCUGGGCAUUGCGCGGUCUAAACAGAACCUGAUGGUUUUGCGCAACGUGGUCAUGAGUCCGUUCCUGACAGAGCAUGAGCUAAUUGAUGAAUUGGUUGGACGGUUCCGGGCAGUGGUCGAGGACGCAGUCCAGGUGUGCCGUGACCGCAACUCCAUAAAGCCUGAUAUCCAUCGCUUUUACAUUCAGGGAACUACCAACGUCUUUUUCGUCUAUCGGCCCCGGUUCCAGGAAGCUCGCUUCCGGCGUCAGCUAAUCCUCAAAGGCAGUUUCAGCCAGUCUGGGCUUGACGCGUACAUCAAGGCCAAAGCGCGGGGUGUUGUCUUUCUCAACACCACUCAGGAAACGUGUCUUGAGGCGUUGUUGAAUGAAGUUAGCAAUAAUGGAGAGGCGUCAUUCCAGGGCAACCUGGUUGACGGAGAUGGAAACAUCAUCUCAAGUAUAAGCACAUCAAUAACCCAAAUAAUCAAAAACCGCUCUCUCAACGCCCGAAACCGCGAACCGGACUACCCACCAACCUACAUGCCCUUCUACCUCUACGGCUCCGGCUCCCAGCACCACAUCUCCCACAUCCUCCUCAAAUCCCCAAACAUUGAGCUCGGCGCCGCAAACAUCCAGUUAACCCUCGACACUCCCCUCGACGAAGACGAACUCACCCGCGGCGCAAUCCUCUGCCUACCAACCAUCCCCGAAGCACCGAUGCAACCAUUCCCAAGCGCCAACCAGGGUAUCAGCGACCUCGAUUCACGAACCGACUUCUUCUUCCGGCCCGGCCAGAAAUUCAAGGUGAAGAUCUGGCGCGAUCUAAAGCGCGCCGAGGAAAGUGGACCGAAUUUGCUGCCGGCGAGUCUGGAGGGGUUUGGGCCGGAGAUUGCCGCGGGGGAGGUUCUGCUGCGCGGAGGGGAGGUGCUUGUUGAUGCAGAGAGCGUCAACAGGGAUCCAUUUGAUACGGGGGCCGAGGAAAGUGAGCAGUGGCGGGAGUUAUUUAGGAGUUUGGAGGGGGUUCGUGUUGGUGAGUGAGAUGGUAUUGGGAAGAGGACAGUGGGUAGGGCAAGAGUUGAGUAGAGUAGAGUGCAUAACUGCCCUGCUAAACUUUUAGUGAGAUACGGGGGCCAGAAUUCUAUAGAAGCUAGGA